AUGGUUACUCGGCCCGCGCUCGUCAUUCUCUCAAUUAUCUGUCCCUCCGUGAAAAAAAAGGUAGAUUCGUUGUCAUUUAAAACCGUGUUGAGAUGUUGGUAUGACCAGGCCGAGCACUUGUGCCCAAGAAAAGUCGCCUGCUGUUAUACGCGUUCUCUGACAGACAGUGAGUAUAUGGCCUUCAGGCAUCCAGAAAAAUGGCAUCCGAAAGUGAAGAUGGUUCUCUGCUGUCCGGCCGACCGAAUACCCAAAUUUCUUCAAUGUAACCACACUUUUUGCUUGCCUUGCCUGCGAAAUGUUUACAUCCAUGCUGAUGAUGGUGGUCUUUACACACAAGAGAAAAAUUACCUCAGAUGCCCAACUUGCCGUAAAGAGACCCACCUAUCACAAGCUACUGUGGAAUCACUCCCUACUGAUCACCGUGUGAUUCAGAUGAUGGACUUUGUGUCUGCCCAGCAGACUGAUGUAAGGUUUAAAAGUCAGUGCAACAAACAUGAUAACCAACCAGUUAACUUCUACUGCAAGAAAUGCAUGCUGCCUAUUUGUCGUGACUGUACUAUGUUGGACCACAGGGAACGCGAUGGCCAUACAAUCACUGACCUGAAAACUGAACUAGAAGAUAGUGCUGAAAGGUUUACAGACAUUGGAAGGAGGUGUCAGGAAUGCAUCAAAGUAGUAAAAGAACUCCUGACUGGUCAUGAAAAUGCAUCAAAGCGGUUAGAUGUGAUUGAAAAGCAGAUCAAAUGUCUUAUCAAGGAAACCUUCAUCGAAUACAGGCUCCUGCUGGAGAAGCGGGAAAAAGCUUUGGCUGAGAAGGCAACUGAGAUGAUUAAAGAACAAAAGUCUAAAAUUGAUUCCAGGGCUUUGGAACUUAUGCAACAGGAAGAUUCCCUGGAAAGACAUGCCCGGGCAUUUAGCCGGGCUAAGGAAUCCAAAGAUCUCUAUAGGCUAUUCAGCAUUGAGAAAGAGAUCAAUGAAAUUAUCAAAAAGGAUGCAACGAAUUCAGAGACAAAGGAAAAUGAUGAUGAUCACUUUAAGUCAUUUACUUUUGAAAAACUCAAUGAGAUCAACUUUGCAGCAAAUGUAGGAAGUUUAGGUGAAGUGGUACCAGUGGUUGAUCCCAGCCUUAAGAUGCCAUUCCGACCAAACACUGAAUCAGCCCAGAGGAGCAUGUCACGUCGAAGCUCUUAUGAUCAAGCCACAGCCACAGAUGACAGAGAUGGUCGUAGUCUAGAAGAGUGGCAUGCAGCUAAUCUUCCAGAGAGGGAUGAUGAGAAUUAUCGCAGACAAUUAGAGGAAGAGACAAGGCAUUAUGAAAUGUGGAUGGAUCAAGGUGCCACUCUGGAGCGUCGUCACCGUGUUGUGGUUCCAGUCAACCCUAACCGAAGUCUGAUGCCAAGAGAGGCCAUAUAA